UACCUAGUAUAAACUCUCUUCAUCUGCUAAAACUCUUUUCACUCCACAAUAGCUAUCAGAUAUCAGUUGCUUGCAUGGUUGUAUCUGUGUACAAAGAUCAAAUUAUCCACUAUUCGAUAGUUGAUACUUGUUAAGAUCAUGAAGUACUACUGCAGCGUCGAAAAUCAUGGGGAACCAACGAACUAUGUUGCAAGGCAGCACUCGCAGCUACAGGGUCCGAGGCCUGCAGCGCUUACGGUGACCAAGAAUUCGAAGAAGAUAACGGCAAAGAAGAAGCGGAACCCAGAAAAUCCGGUAAUAGUGUAUCUGAUAUCGCCCAAGGUUAUUCACGUACAACCUGAGGAGUUCAUGGCUCUGGUGCAACGCCUUACCGGGAAUCAUCAAGCACCGGAUAAGGUUAAUAAUAUUGCUAAGUCCCAGUCUUGCUCUACUUCUAGUAUCUCUGGUUUGAGCCAGCAGGGAGAUCUGUAUUUCAUGGAGAGUAGCCAACAGAAGGUGAUAAGCAGGAGAGCAGACUAUGCGGAUGUGCCCUUUGGAGUACCUACUACAACAAAUUAAUUUACUGAAAUAUUCUAGCUAUCUAUGCAUGUAUAUACCAUACAUGUAAACCAGUCUGGACUGUGUGGCUGUGCUCGAAAUCAUGUAGCUAAAACAUGAUUAAAGAAUCACAAUUGUAUGCUUAUCAAUCAGGUAAUUAGUUACAUACUUCCAUUCGUGGAGCCUGGCAUAUUUCAUUAAUUUUUGU